AUGUCUAACUGUUACUUCGACAUCACCAUCGGCGGCAAGCCAGCUGGGCGCAUCACCUUCAAGCUCUAUGAUGACGUCGUACCGAAGACGGCCAAGAACUUCCGCGAGUUGUGCACCGGUCAAAACGGUUUUGGAUAUGCUGGCUCUGCCUUCCAUCGUAUCAUUCCCUCCUUCAUGCUCCAGGGUGGUGAUUUCACCAGGGGAAACGGCACUGGUGGAAAGUCCAUUUAUGGCGAAAAGUUUGCUGAUGAAAACUUCAAACUUAAGCACACUAAACCUGGACUUCUGUCCAUGGCAAACUCCGGCAAGAAUACUAACGGCUCGCAGUUCUUCAUCACCACCAUCGUCACUAGCUGGCUUGACGGUGCUCACGUAGUAUUCGGUGAGGUUGUCGAGGGCAUGGAUCUCGUGAAGACUAUCGAGAAGAAUGGGACUGAUUCUGGCAAGCCCAAGGUUGAGAUCAAGAUCGCUGCCAGCGGUACGCUUUAA